AUCGUUUUCAGCGUGUACUUCUGUACUUCGUCUCUUAGGUCCCCCCCAACAAUAGAAAAGGCGCAUUCCAACAGCAGUGGUGAUACAGAGAACCACAACCUUAAAGUACACCAUGGGUACACUUAGUGGUCGAGAUGAUGGCAUUCGACUUGAACAGAUGCCGCGCGGCAACAACCAGGAUCAGCGCAUGACAGAUCCAGGUGAAGGGCCGACUCAGUUUAACCAGAUCUGUCCAGAGGAUGACUGGGAUAAGAAAGAAGGCUGGCCUGUCGUUGGAGCUGGCUCAGCCAUAUUCUUCGUGUACCUUGGCUUGAUAUAUUCCUAUGGCAUCGUACAGCUUCACCUUACCGAAUCACGUCUUGCAAGUGUCUCGACUUUGUCCUUCAUCGGGUCAGUUGCGGCAGCAAUUGGCCCUCUCACUGGCACGAUAGUAGCGCGGAUCAUUAGGCGUAUUGGCUACAGAGCUACUGCAUUUACUGGAAGUAUAUUUCUUGGUCUCGGAGAGUUUACCGCGGGUUGGUCUACAAAAUCGGUGCCUGCUAUGUUUGUCACUCAAGGGAUUUUGUUUGGUGUCGGAGCUUCCUUGCUCUUCUUGCCGGCUGCCACGGUUCCAUCCUUAUGGUUCAAGAACAAACGAGGAUUAGCAACUGGUAUUGUUUAUGGAGGUGCUGGUGUUGGCUCUGCUGUGAUCGCCCUUUCGUUAGAGAGGCUGAUUGCUGUAGUUGGACUUGAGGCAUCUUUAAAGAUUCUCGGAGCGUCAGCAUGGGCUAUUUGUCUUGCCGCAUCAUACUUUCUUAAGGCACCUGUAGGACGUGGACGUGCAAUGUCGGGUGUGCAAUGGCGUCUUUUCCGAAGUCUCAAAUUCGAUAUCAUGCUCAUCAUGGGAGCAAUUGCAACAUUUCCUCUCUUCGUCCCUCCCUUCUUGCUCCCGCUUUAUACUACUUCAAUUGGUCUCUCUGGCCAGGUCAGUGCUGCCAUUCUUGCAUCAUGGAACCUCGCCUCUGCUCUCGGUCGUAUCACUAUGGGACUUGGGGCAGAUGCCUUUCUGGGUCCUGUAAACAGUAUGCUUGUCUCGCUCACGGUGUUCGGAAUGAGUGCAAUUGCAAUCUGGCCGUUCUCAACCUCGCUGGGGCUGCUUAUUUUCUUCGCCAUCCUGAAUGGAAUGAGCUCUGGAGGCUUCUUCAGUCUAAUGCCGCUUGUCGUAGGCGCAGUUUUUGGAGAUGGUCAUCUCGCUAACAUUAUGUCUAUGCUGACGACAUCAUGGACCUUUGGGUACUUUAUGGGCGCGCCUAUCGCGGGAUACCUGUUAGAAGCGUAUGGCGGCACGGAAGCAGGACUUGCAGCAUUUCGACCGGCAUUUUUCUACGCUGGCGCUUUGACGCUAGCGAGUGCGGGUUUGAUUUUAGCAAUACGUCUGAUGAUUAAACAAGAGGUGUUUGCUAGAGUCUAGUAACAACACUAGGUAUGUUCUUCAGCAUCAAUCAACAACCGUUGGAUCCUUGCGGCCCAAACCAAGUUGUCGAGACAUGGAACAGUAAAUUACCGCUUGGAUAGAGGUUAUGCUGAAUGGCCCACUCUCCUAUGUGUUUUUGUAGUAAUCUGGUACCCUUGGCCUUACGGUCGUAUAUGCACUGUGUAUCUGAGCCAUAUCUGGGGUAUUUCAGACUGACCCAUGAUAUUCAUUCUUUCAAUCAAUCAGCCUUUGCAUCCAAGAUUGGUCCCACUUGAGCCUACCCUCUGCCUCAUUCGCUUAUGGGAUUACCAGCCUAUCAGCUUGCUCCGACACAAGUUGUAUUUGUAG